AGUAGGGAAGUGAAUUCCACUUCCUCCUUUUAGACGUACACCACUGUUCAACGCAGCGUUGUGAUUGUUCAUACGUAAAUUCUCACAAAUUGGAUAUGGAAAGAACGAAAACGGAACGGGGCUAUGUCCUGUAAUGUACUAAUGAAAAAUACUUUGUCGGGAAUUACAAUAUAUUCUUAUUUGAACGCUCCAACAACACCUAUUCAAUAGCGAGCAGCGGAGUCAACCUAACCUUUUUUAACGACAAAAAUGGUAGCGAUGUAAGAUCAACUUUUUGACUUGCGACCAAUGAAGGAUCCUAACUAUCUUGCCUUGUAACUUCUUAAAACUUGGAUACAGUGGAACAAGGACGCAAACAUGAAGAAACAGUUUAACCGAAUGAAACAGCUGGCUAACCAAACAGUUGGAAGAGCUGAGAAGACUGAAGUGCUGAGCGAUGACCUUCUGCAGAUUGAGCGGCGCAUGGAGACUGUGCGUCUGGUGUCCCACAACACCCUCAAGAGACUGGGAACCUGUCUCCAAGGUCCCAUUGGGACAGAUGCAGAGAAGAGACACAAAAAGCUCCCUUUGACAACAUUGUCACAGGCCAUGCAGGAUGGAGGAAGUCAGCUAGGGGAGGAGUCUCUGAUUGGUAAAAUGAUGGAUAUGUGUGGAGAGGCAGAGGGCAGACUAGCUUCUGAGCUGAGGCAGCACGAGGUCCAGCUGGAGAGAGACAUCCUGGAACCGCUUAACCAGCUUGCAGAGGUGGACAUUCCUAACAUCUUGAAACAGAGGAAGCAGCUAGCUAAGCUAGUUCUAGACUAUGAUUCGGCCAGAGCCAGGUGGUUGCAGGCAGCCAAGUCUAUUCACUCUUCCACAAAUUACCAGGCCACAGUGACAAAGGUGGACACCCUGAAGGAUGAGAUGGAUGAGGCCCUGAACAAAGUUGAAAUGUGCAAGGACCAGCUGUCGGCAGACAUGUAUAACUUCUCCUCUAAGGAGGGUGACUAUGCCCGCUACUAUGUUCUGUUGGUAGAGGCCCAGGCUGAUUACCACAGGAAAUCUCUGGCUGCUCUGGAGGGAGUCCUGCCAACCAUAAAGGCACAGCAAGACUCUUGGAUGGAGAAACCUGCAUACGGCACCACUCUGGAGGAGCACCUAAAGAGGAGUAACCGUGAGAUCGCCCUGCCCUUAGAGGCCUGUGUCAUGAUGCUGCUGGAGACUGGCAUGAAGGAGGAGGGUCUGUUCCGAAUUGCUGCUGGGGCCUCCAAGCUGAAAAAGCUGAAGGCAGCGCUUGAUUGUUCCACCUCCCAGUUAGAGGAGUUUUACUCGGACCCGCAUGCUGUAGCUGGAGCUUUGAAGUCUUACCUCAGAGAGCUGCCUGAACCCCUCAUGACCUUUGCUCUAUAUGACGAAUGGACAAAAGCCUCCAAUUUGUCAGACCCAGAUAAGAGGCUUCAGGCUUUGUGGAUGACAUGUGACAGUAUGCCAAAGAAUCACAAGGCCAACUUCAGGUAUCUUGUGAAGUUCCUAGCCAAGCUGGCUCAGGACAGUGAAGUGAAUAAGAUGACACCCAGUAAUAUCGCUAUAGUGCUGGGACCAAACCUGCUCUGGGCAAAGACUGAGGGUACUCUGGCUGAGAUGGCAGCUGCUACCUCUGUCCAUGUGGUGGCCAUCAUAGAGCCCAUCAUCCAGCAUGCUGACUGGUUCUUCCCGGAUGAUGUGGACUUUAACGUGUCUGGAAUGUUUGUGGCCAUGACCCCUGACCCCGAGCCGGGCUCCUUCGAGAGGCGACGCCCCGGCAGCCUGGAUGGGGAUGCUCCACGAAAAGACAGCCCCGCUCAUAACAAACUGGGGGACCACACCCCCACCCCCACCCCCCGUAGAGCCGGCACACUUAAUAGAAAGCAGCACCAUCAUGCCUCCUCGCCCACCUUCCAGCCCUCUCUACCACCGCUGGAGGCUGGAGGUGUCACUCAGACCCAGGCCUUGGCUCAGCCCCAGUCCCAGGAGCCAACUCUGGGUGUGGGCACCAAGGCUUCCCAGGAGCCAACUCUGGGUGUGGGCACCAAGGCUGGCCCAGCUGGGGGUGGUGGUGGGGGUCAAGGUCAGGGUGGGUCACCAGAGGCCCAGGUGGCCCCAAAGCAACAACCUCUGGUUCCUACACACAACAGCGCUGAGGAGAGCAGCCCAGCCCGCGAGCCAGCCUCAACCCCUCCUCCUCAGAGGAACGGGAGCUCCCAGCUGACUCCGGGGACACCCCACUCCCAGGCAGGCCUCAGGGCUCCCAGCCCCCACAUGGUGCGCCGAGGUACCAAAAAGCAGGCCCCUGCCCCUCCCAAACCGACUAACCCCUCAGCAUCUAACGCCUCCAUUCCUGCCCACAACAUUGGACAGAGCCCUGCAUCAAACAGUCCGUACCCCCCCAUUACCCCGCGACGCCAAUCCGGGAAAGAACCUCCCAUCCACGCCCCCAGCCACCCACCACCACAGCCCCCACAAGGCCCCCAGUCUCAGGGGGAGACAGACCCCUCCCCACCCCGCACCCCAACACCACCUAGCACUCCUCCUCACGAUUUGCCGACCUCCUCCCACUUCACCCCAAUCCCCUCCUUCCACUCGGGCUCCCUCCCUCGCCCCUCUAGGCCGGCCCCAAAGCCACGCCCCCGACCUAAUGUUCCUCCUCCACCGCAGCCACCGGCCAGUGACAACAGUAACGGGAUCUCCAGCUCCGCCUCCAAGAUCAUUACUGAUGCCAGCCUGAAUUUCAAGGGGACUGGCAAAGUCCUUAUCCCUGAAAUUAAGGUGGACCAACAUGGAAUGAGCUCUGCUAAUCACGAGCCCAACCCCCCUCCAAUCCCGCCCUCUAAGCCUGAGAUCCAGUCAGAGAGCACUGUUCUGUGAAAGCAGGAGGGGUCACUGUAACUGACAUUCUGGCUUUGCUUAAUUGGUCCACAUGUUAGCCAUUUGGCUAUUUUCCAUAGUCACUGAGCCUAAAAAGACUGGACCAUACAAUUUCCUGUGCUCCAUCAAUGGUUUAUGUUCUUUGAACCAUUAACCUGCUAGAAGAUAUAGAAUAUUGGACCUGCAGCAUGAUGCCACUGUAGCUUUCUUUUGAAUAAACCAAACAUGUACUUUGACUGGACAAUAUAGUGUAAAUAUUUUCAACAAUACCAUGUUAUGAGCCAGUACCUGGAGGUGUCUGAUGCUAAUCUGAAUAUAGUGUUUUAUUGUAGAUCUUUGGAUUCAUUUUGGAAUGUUGACAUUUAGUAGGGGUGGGAGGUGAACUUUUAAACCUAAAACCUGAUAACAAAUAUUUUUGUAUUAUGCAAUGUUUUCCCUGUUGUACAUUGUAUGGUGGCAGUGGAUUUUGUUUUUAUUAUCACUUUCCUCUUUGCAUUUACAAAUUGUCUAGAAAACUGACAUUUUCUCCAGUUAAGAACUGGCAAAAGAACACAAGGUUAAAUCAGAAAUUACUGUCAAUUAUAUAUAGACAGCAAAUAUACUACACAUGUCAAGCCAAAAACAACCCUAUCAGUGCAAAAGGGCGAAUUAAAUAUCAGUGACAUUCCUGUCAUGCGGUUUUCUCCACUGUUUUGUAUUUUGUUUGUUUUUUGAAUUUGUUACCUCAGCAUACUAUAGCACUGUUUUUGUUGAGGUAGGGAUGUGCUUUUUAUCUGUUUAAUUAAAUUCCAAUAGCACCAUGUUAUGGACAGCUGUUGAAAAGACCUGUGACAUUACAUGGGAAACUGGAAUUUAAACAAAAAAGACACCAUGUCAAAAACAAUGACUACUUCAAUGCUCUUUCUGUAAGGUCUUCGCUGGCUGUGAAAUGGUGAGAGGCACAUGCUCUUUGGCUUGAACUCAAAUUACCAGGGAGCUGGCCAGCAUGAGCAAAGAUAGUAAUACUCAAAAUUCUGGCACACAGCUUUAAGAAAACCAUUGCUUUCAAACUAUGGAUUUCAUGGCUGUUAAAAAAAAUAGUUAUUUAGCCCAUAGUAAUCAAGCCCAAAGCAGAUGGUUAAAAAAUACCAAAAUUCUAGAUAAUUACUUUAAUUUAGCUCAGGAAAUGGAGAAGCAACAGAACAAUAGCCCAAGUGGAUUUUUUAUGCUCAUUUUGAAGUUCAGGCUAUUAUGUUGUCAGUCUUUAUAGGGUAAUUUUCUUCCCAAUCUGCUUUUGAUGAUAGCAUUUUCUUUCUUUAUUGCACUUUUUAAUAUGAUUUGUCCCCUUUUCUGCAUAAGUGUCUUUGAAAUGUGAAGGCGAACAAAACAUUUUCUAAAAUGAAUGAAUGGAUCUUUCAUUCUCUGUCCAUAUUAAAAGGCUUUUGGUAUUAUUUCUCCAAAUAAAGAAAACAAACAUGAA